UAAAAUGGAUAAGUAAGCUAACUAAUGUGAACAAGUCGAUAAAAAUCAGUGCCAUCUUUACGUACAAAUAUGUAAUGAAUUGUGAUCCUGCCUUUAUUUAUUUCUUGGAAGCUUUGAAGUGUCGAAAUAAAUAUUGGUUUAACCAUAAAAAUGUCUUCCGCUGCUAAAACACCCAGAAGCUGCUGGCGCAAGUAUUUUACAAUAAGGAAGGAAAAUGCAACCGCAAAAUGUAAAUACUGCCCAAAAGAGUUAAAAACAUGCAAUAACACUACAAACUUGAAACAGCACAUGGAAAGAAAACAUUCUGAUGUCUUACAAGCUGACGAGAAUUCACAUGAAGUUGAUGUCCAGGAUACUACCAAUUUGAGGCAUAAUGAUUCAUUGGUGCAUUCACCAUUGACAGACACUGAGGCUUCGUCGUUAACUCCAAAACGGGCUAGAUCAACUAUCGGAGCGGCUUUUUCAAGAAUUUCAGCAUAUGCCUCAGAUGGAGAAAAAAAUAAACAAAUAACAAACAGCAUCGCAGAAAUGAUAUGCCGGGACAGUCUUCCUUACAAUAUGGUGGAAGGAACAGGAUUCAAAAAGCUAAUGAAAACUAUCGUUCCUUUGUACAAGGUUCCAUGUCGUAAAACUAUCACAGAUCUCAUUGAUACUAAAUAUGACGAAAAAAAGACCCUUAUUAAACAAAAAUUACGGUCUGUUAAAAACGUCUAUCUUACAAUAGAUGAAUGGAAGGAUAUGCAGUUAAGAAGUUUUUUAGGCGUGACUGUUCACUUUAUAGAAAAUUUUGAAAUGAAAUCGGUGAAUAUCGCAUGUGAACCGCUUCAUGACAAUCAUACAGGCGAAUAUUUAUCGGAGAUGGUUCUUAAUGUUUGUGAAGAUUGGGGUUUGUCGCAUGACAAAAUUGUGAGUGUUACUACAGACAAUGGCGCUAACAUGGUUAAAGCUAUUAAGAUUACUUUCGGCAGAGCAAAACAUAUUCGAUGCCUAGCACAUACGUUGAAUCUAGUAGUUGAAAAUUCUGUGAGUUCCUCUGAUGUUAAACUUUUUUUGGAUAAAGUACGAAAAAUCGUAACUUGGUUCCACCAAAGUGGUGUAGGCGCUGAAGAAUUGCGACAGAUGCAAAUGCAGGAAAGCGUUGUUGAAGGAAAAUUGAAGCAUUUGGUCGGAGAUGUGUCUACAAGAUGGAACUCACAAUUAUUUAUGAUUGAACGUUUUGUGUUAAUGAGCAGCACAAUUGGAUCUAUUUUAAUAAACCAGCCGAAUGCACCCCAAAUGCUUCAAGCAAACGAAAUCGUUGUGCUCAAAGAAAUUGGAAAAGUUUUAAAGCCUUUUCACAAUGUUACCGAAGAAAUGAGCGCUGAAAAAUAUGUGACAGCUAUCGAAUGUUAA